AUGAUGGAUAACAACAACUAUGACUCUCUGAUCCUUUCCCACCCAGAAGUGGUUUCGACCAUUGGGAACAACAUCUACUACUUGCUGUAUUUCUUUGUACUGUGCUGGUUACUGAUCUAUUCAGUUGCAGGGACAGUUCUGCUCCAGGUUGGCCGCCAAUGGCUACCAAACAGCUUUGGUGUCAUGACACCUUCCCAGCAAUACAAGGUGAUAUUCUGGGUGCUGGAAUCAGUGGUGGGAAUCAUUUCCAUUGUGGAAAUAGUGUUGUGGUUGCCUAAAUCUAUUGCCUUUCAUGGCACUAUUCACUCUGCCCGCAUUACAGGAGAGGCUGACAUGGAUUGGAAGCAACCAGCAAGUUGGUUGCACAAUCUAAACCAAGCUAUCAAGGUCACAUCUUGGGCAGUCACUCCCCUCUUAUUGGCAUAUCUCUUCAAGCUUUGCUUCAUUGUCAAGGAAUACCGCCUACGCCCUCUGGUUAUUCUUCACCACCUUGUCUGCAUAGGCAAUUUCAUGUUCAUCUUCUCGGCCAUUCUUUCUACCCUGGAUGGGAAGUGGAUGGAGCUAGCCAUUAUGUUUUCACUCAACAUUUCUCUGGAGUUCCCUAUUUGUGCAGCCCUCAUUCUCUACCGCUUCCAAUCGCCAUUCUCUGCCAAGGCAAUCCAAGUUGCUAUUGUCUAUGAGACUGUACUCAGAGUUCUUGUUUGGACACGAGCAACGGUCAAAUACUGGGACUUAUGCUUUCAACAAACAACCCUGACACUCUAUGAACGGAUCUGGAGGGUGUACUAUCCCUUUCUGCUACUGAUAAUAUUGUCCAUUGAAAUUCACACAGUGGGCGUUCAUCUUGCAUUGUACCAUCGCAGCAAGAGACAGUGGCAGGAAACCAAAGAGGAAAUAUUGGCACCCCCUAUUUUUAAAGAGGAUCAUGAGAUCCAUGAAACACCUUCUGGUGCAUCAAAAAUAGCAACAAUGGACGCUGCUGACGCUUCUGAAAGACAGAAUGAUGCUGUUGCCCAAGAGUCAACCACAAGCCAUGCAGAACCAACCAAGAAAGUCACUUGGAGACGAACUUUUGUCAAGCACCUGCCAGACUUUUCCAACCUGAUCAUCAGCAUUUUUCUCAUUGCUGUCUUCUCCAAUCCAUAUGUGCUUCCCAUUGCAGAUCGACCAGCAGCUGAACCCCAUCAAGAAUCUUUGAGAGUAGCCAUUGUUGGAGGAGGUGUGGCUGGCAUGGGUGCUGCUCUGGCCUUUCAACAAUCACAAAACAGUGCAUCCUCAUAUGAAGUAGACCUGUUUGAGGCCCGUCGUGAAUUUGGAGGAGCUGCUUCUGCAUACUACUCAGAAAAGAAGUUUCAGCCUCCAUUUGUGGAGCAUGCCUUUGUUGCCUUUUUGGAGUACUACAACUUUGAGAAACUGCUUGACUGGUUGGUAUCAAGCACUGGAGACAUUUUGGGAUCUUCCUUGCCCCCAACAUUCAAUGACCGCAACCGAAUUCACAAGUAUCAAGAUGAGAUCCAUGUCUUGGCCAAAGCUCUCAAAGAUGCCUAUGAUCAUUGGAAUGAGGCUCAGCUCAUGGAAACCACACUGGGAGAGUUUACAAACCCAGAUCAUGGAGUUUACUCCGAGGACUUUCUCCGAGAUUAUUUGACUCCAUGUUUGGAAGCCUAUGUUGCCACUGGUGCUACCUUGUUUGACAUGCCAAUUGCCCUUUUGACAACCUUUGAGACUCGUUUUGGGCUAUGCCUCUCGCCGUCCCGGGCCAAGAUUCAUUAUAUUGCCAAUGGAACCAGUGCCUAUGUCGAGAGACUGCGUCAGCACUUGGAAGUUGACGACAGAAUCCAUCUGCAUUCCGGCAAUGGAAUUGUGGCAGCCCAAAUGGCCAACCAGCCAGAGGGGGGCACAGCUCCAAAACUUCUAGACUCAAAUGGCAUUUGGAGGGAAUAUGACCAUGUCAUCUUGACACUGCAGCGGCCUCAGAUACGGGAGAUCUUGGAUCAUCCCAGCUCUGUGGUGUGUGAAUUUCCUCUUCACAAGGCCCAACGGAGUGCAUGUCAGUCUCUGUACGAGCAACUCUUUCCAAGCAAUGAUCUUCUUGGGAGCUACACCCGCACCAUUAUUCACUCUGACACAGGAUUCAUCAACAAUCUUGCAGCCAACCUUUCCCUUCCUUCUGAUCAAUGCAACUAUGUGGAUGGCUACAACUUUUUGAUGAAGAAUGUUGGUGACAAGCCAAAUCAUCACCAUUUCACAACUAUCUUGAACAGCAACAACAUGGAUCCCAUGCAUUGCAAUGAAAACCUCGUGCCCCCUUUCCAGCUCACAACAGAAGAAGACGACUACCAAUUCCUUGAGGAAAUAGGUUUGUCAUCUGAUCGAAUCUUGGAAGAAAAGAAAUGGCUUCAUCCCAGUCAUGAUGCCAGGUUUUUCAAGCUUGGCCGUGCUUCUCAUGUUAUUCAAGGUCUGGGAUCCUUUUGGUUUGCAGGGGGUGCUUUUAACUUCAAUUUCCAUGAAGAAGCAUUGGUGUCUGGGUUGGUGAUUGCUGAGAGACUCGGAGCUGGCUACAUGUUUCAUGAUAAUGCCCUUGCAUUGGCCAGCUUCUUGAGAUCACGGGCUUGGCUCCUGUAUGGGCUGAACCCGAUGAUGCAUCCAACGGUCCCUCGUGGAAGCAGUCAAAAGAGCUUUGUUUGGCGUGGACAGCCCGCCCAUUUGGAGGUGUCCAAGCUUGAGCUUUGA